GAGAAGAGAAGCGUUAACUGUUUGCAUGUACGAUGAGAUUAAAAGUCACCAUAUCAGAGCUAGAAAAACAAGAUAAGAACAUUAUAACAUUUGAUCAAAAUAUAAACGUGUGUACUAUGUGCAUCCAGUUGUUGAGUAAAAUGUAUGUUGCAGAUAAAGCCGUGUGACAGUAGUGAGGCAAGAAAAAUAUUGAGAUUAGACAAGAAUAAAUACCUAAAUAUACAGAUCUACAUACGCAUAUGUGUACAUAUACAUUUAUCAGGACAUCCAGGAGUUUAACAGUUAUUAGCUUUGGGGGGGGGAAAAACUGUCAUUGAAUCCGUCUUAGAUGCAGGUUCAAUGUUUUUUAGAUGAAGAUUUCCUUUUUCUUCUCUGUUAUCUGACUUCCCUUGUGUCUGCUGCAGGUGCCUCCUGAAAACAAGCUGCCCCCACCCUCCGUCAAACUCCUCAGUGAUUUUACGCAGGAUCAUCCUUCUUUUUUCCUCUGUGAGGUUGGCUGUAGCGCCUAUAGGAAAGGAAGAGCGACGCUGAGCAGGAGCAGGCUGUCUGAGCUGCUCCUCUGCAGUUUGGAGACUUAUUCACCGUCUUCUUUUUCUGGGGGAGCAGGUCACUUUCUUCUGGAGUAAAAAGGUCAGAUGUUCAGAAAGCUCUUUGAUGAGAAUCAUACUAGAGGUCUGUUUCCAGCAUGACCGCUACCUCAGACACUCCCGAGCUCCGAACCGCCAACACUACCUGCUGCCACAAACAUCUGUCCAUCACAGCCUCGGCCGUCUCCAUGACUGUGGGCGUCUUUUCCAACAGCUUUGCUCUCUUCAUCCUGAUCAAGUCCUACAACCGGCUCCGGAUCAAGUCCAAAGCCUCCUUCUUGGUGUUUGCCAGCAGCCUGGUGAUCACCGACCUGCUGGGUCACCUCAUCAACGGCUCCCUGGUGCUCUACGUGUACUGCUCCCAAAGGAAGUGGGAGACCUUUGACCCUCAUGGCGUUGUGUGCAGCAUCUUUGGAGUCUGCAUGGUGUUCUACGGUCUGAGCCCUUUGUUCCUGGGGAGCGCCAUGGCUGUGGAGCGCUGCAUUGGAGUCACCAGGCCCAUCUUCCACUCUACGGCUUUGGCGUCGCAUCACGUCAAAAGACUGCUGGCCCUCAGCUGGCUGCUCGCCGCCCUGGUGGCCUUCCUGCCCGUGCUGCUUCAGAGACCAUAUGAGGUGCAGAGCUCUGGGAGCUGGUGCUUCUUCCACAUGGAGCAGCCAAAAGACUGGCUGGAUGUGCUGCUUCCUCUGCUCUUCUCCUUCCUGGGGCUUCUGGCGCUGAUGCUGUCCAUCAUUUGUAACACCUUCGCGAGCUGCGCCUUGCUGCAUGGCCGGCUGCGCCACAAGCAGAGCUGCAGAGUAACACCGUACCACUUAGAGAUGAUCUGCCAGCUCCUGACCAUCAUGCUGGUGUCCUGUGUGUGCUGGGGACCACUGUUGAUCCACGUCAUCGUUCUGAGUACCAGACGCAAAGAGGAGUCUGUGUGUUUCAGUCUGCUGACCACUGUCCGAAUGGCCACGUGGAACCAGAUCCUGGACCCCUGGGUCUACAUCCUGCUGAGGAGGGCUGUUCUGAAGAAGAUCUUCAUGCUGUUCCACAGCUGCUGGUCCUCGAAGCACCCAGACCUCCCGUACUGGCAGUGCAGGAUGGUCGGCAGCUCCAUGGAGGCCAGCAAAUCUGACCCCCGCUGUCCGGCUGCACCAGACACUGCCAUCACAUCCAUAACUGGAAGCCUGGCUUGCGGGUCACACCUGAACACGCUCAGCUCGUCUCCACAUCACCAGUAAUCACUGAGCUGCCAGAAGUGUGCUGUUCUGUGGGGUGUAGGCUUUCUAUUUGUUUCUAAUUUUCAGUGUUUCAGCAGCUCUCAGAACAAAAAGUAGGGGUGUAACAAUUAAUCGACUUAAUCAAUGAAUCGAUUUCUAUUCCUACAACCCAACAAGAUCGAUCUGUCUGAGCCAAGUUGUCAAUCUAAUUGACCUAAACUACUAUAAAAUUGUUUCAAAAUGGAACAAAUCGACCAUAAUCGAUGCUGGAAAAUACCGUUUGGACUUUGGCAUUGUAAGUCCUUUCAACAAAAAGACAACUGCUGUUUUCUUUAAAGUUCCACUACGAUCAUCUUUUGAUUUAUUCUCAAAGCGUUCCCAGCGUUUUUUUAGUUAUGAUUAUUCCGCUUUUAGCUAAAAUCAAAAGUCCUGUAUCGUUUUUCUAGGACAUAGUUUCUGCAAAGCGGCAGGAGUUCAUUAGACGUUCACCUCUGAGAUGUGGGCGGACUGUUGGCGAAGAGCAGCUAUGCCCCCCCCCCCCCCCCCCCCCGUUUUUGAGAGCUCGGGGCAGGGAGGUUGGGACCCACCCAAUGUAUUUUCCACUUAACAUAUUAGUUAUUUUUCAAUCUGCAAUUUUUCAUCUGCUCCUUAUUCAUUUGAAUAAUAAAAAAAACACUAACCAAAUGCAAUUAUGAUCCUAUCAUCUUUAUAAAUGUCCUCCAUUAAUUAUAAGAGCAUGGCGGGUGUUAAAAACAAUAAAAACACAAGUUUAUUAGUGGGUCUUAAAAGCGAUUCAUAAACACUUUCCAGCACUUUCAGCGCUCAGAAAGUAAAAGUUUUAGCUCCUCUGCUCUUCUUGUUAGCAAGUCACUACGUUGUAAAUAAGAAACCUGUUCUCAGCGCUUUAGUAUUAAGCUGUUUCAUGUUGUUUCUAAAAUGUGCAUAGAAUGUGAAAAUAGGAGACUCUGAACAUUAAAGAACAAAACUUAAAACUGUUAUUUUUGUGUUUUUUUAGUCAAUAAUAAUGAAUUCUUUACUGAUUCUGUGCUCUGGUGACAUACGUCUACAUAUUCAUCAUGUGGAUUUAUUAUAAAAUUAUUAAUAAGUUUUUGGGGGGUUUUGUUGGGUUUUUUUUUGGGGGGGGGGUCUUUUUUACCCUCUUUAGGAAGGGAAAUAUGCUGCCCUUUCUGCUUUUACAGGGUCAAAAAUCCAUCGCAGCUAUGUGGAAAAUCUUUUAAUUGAAGCACACUGGGGAGUUUCUCUCCCACUCUGCCAUUCCCCAUAGAGAAAUCAUAUAAACAUUGUAACCCUUGUGCUAUCCUAGGCACUUUAACAUUUGGAGUUGGGUCAUCUAGACCCACUAGACAAUGCUCUGAACCUUUUUU